AUGGAAGAGGCGCCGGAGGCUCGGGAUUCCCGGGAUUCCCGUCCCCGGGACAGACCGAAGGACCGAGACCACGGCCUGGAGAGACAAAGGGAUAGAGAUCACGGCGCGGAGAGACAGAGGGACAGAGAUCAUGGCCAGGAAAGACAGCGGAACAGAGAUCACGACCCGGAGAGACAGCGAGACAGAGAUCUCGUCGCCGAGAGACAGCGGGACAGGGAUCACGAGCCGGAGAGACAGCGAGACAGAGAUCACGGAGCGGAGAGACAGCGGAACAGAGAUCACGACCCGGAGAGACAGCGGAACAGACACAGACGGCGGGACCAAGACGGGGACAGACCUAGAGACCCAGACCGGGAUAGGCGGGGCGACCGAGUUGGGGACAGGCAAAGGGACCGAGAUCCAGACAGAAGGGGGGACAGAGACCGGGACUGGAGGGAGAACAGAGACUGGGACAGGCGGGGAGACCGAGAUGGGGACAGGCGGAACGAGCGAGACCCCCGUCUGGGCAGACAGGACUGGGAGCACCCCCGCUCGAAUGGACAAAGGGUUCGAGAAAAAUCCCUGCAAAGCAGGACUCAGGACGUAGUUUGGGAGCAGCCCCGGGACAGAGCCCCUCCUCCCUGGACUGCCCUGGGGGAAACACAAGAUCCCUGGUCUCAGAGGAGGACCGGUUUCGGACGGUCGGAAAGUGACUACCCUUCAGGGAGAUCUCUGCCCUUUAGCCCAAGGCCUGGUUUGGAAGAGGUUGAAUACUACCAGUCUGAGUCUUCCGGCCUCCUGGACUGCCACAAAUGCAGAUACCUGUGCACUGGGAGAGGUGUGUUACAGAUAGUGGAAGUGAUAUUGAAUGGAAUGGUUCUCAUUUGCAUCGUGGCCUCCUACUUUGUCCUGGCUGGUUUCAGUGCCAGCUUUGCAAGCAGUGGCCUUGGUAACAGCUAUUACUCUCCCUUUGAAGGGACGGAACUGGAGCAGGUUCGACAGCUGGACCAGCAGUAUACGAUCCUGCGAGCACCACUUGUGUACGGUGGCUUGGCCGUCUCCCUAGGCCUUGGGGUCCUCACCAUGGGAGUUUUAGUCCGAGGAGCCAAGAGCCCUGAGAAGCUGCCUAGGAAGUGGCUGCUUGUGGAAGCUGUCUUCAGCCUCCUGGCAGCAGUCGGCUAUUGCGUAGGUACCGGCAUCUUCCUUCACGCAGCUCUACGCAUCAACGCCACCGAUACCUGCAAAAAUCGGGAGAGGCUGUAUGCUCGCAAUGGGCUCACCUGGAUGAAUUGUCAGCUGGCAGGCACCGACGGGGCAGCUGCCACCUUUGCUUGUCUUCUGGUGAUCACUUAUGGAGCUAGUGUCGUGUUGGCCAUUCGGAGUUACAGACAGCAGCAGCAGCAUCCUGAGGACAGCAGAAAGCCGCACAGCACCUACAGUGGUCCAUCAGGAUACUGGGGGUCAGGGACUUUGUGAGAGUCUCCUCUUACCC